AUGCAGCACGCCCUCCUCGCUCUCGCAGCGGCAUCCUCCGUCCUCGCGUUCACCGCAGAGGACAUGCUCGCAGCCCCCCGGCCGGCCCCCGCCAUCGCCAGCCCGGACGCACGCCAUGCCCUGUCCGUCGUCGACCAGUGGCAUCCGGACACAGACCACAUCUCCCGCUCAGUCUAUCUCCUCCCUCUCAAUACCACAGUCACCACCCCGCCCAUCUCGCUCUUCAACACCACACCGGCAGAAGCGACAGGCUUUCUCUGGCUCAGCCCCACCACCCUCGCCUAUCUCAACGAUACCUCGCUCUACGCGUACUCUAUCGACGUAGAGGCUCGCGAACCGGGUGCUGGUCACAAUGAAAAGCACGCGCAACGACCCACCAAGCUCUUGACUUUUCCUGCGGGCGUAAACCCUACGUCGCUUCAAUACGAGCCCAACACCAACACUUUGGCUUUUACCGGCCAAGUAUGGGCAGACGGGUCAUUCACAGACACUGCGUUCCAUGACCAGACCUACGAAGGCAGACGCGACAGCGCUCAGGUCUAUGACGAGCUUUUCGUCCGUCAUUGGGACACCUGGAGGGUCCCUGGCAAGGUAUGGACACUCGGUACCGUCAGCCUCAAAGGUCUUGUGGGUAAGAAGGACGUCAAAAGUAAACACGAAUUUGUCAACGUACUCAACGGUACUGGCCUCUUUUCCCAGACCGACCCUAUCGACGCCUCCUCUUACGCCCUCACUUCAAAGCAGAUAGCCGUCGCUCUCAAACCCCCAUACCUAUCCCCGGCCACACACACCCGUCAAGAUAUAUACCUCUUUUCCUUGACCUCUUCCCGCCCUCGCAACAUUACCCCUCAUGUGCACGGUGCCAUCUCUUCCCUCACAUUCUCUCCUGAUCAGAGCAAGCUGGCCUGGUUGGAGAUGAACAAGGAUGGGUAUGAGAGUGAUCGCCGAGUGGUAGUCGUGUACACUUUGAAAAGCGGCAAGACGGAGAGGUGGACCGAGGCUUGGGAUAGGAGUCCUAGCGAUAUCUCUUGGUCGACUGAUUCCGACUCUCUCUACCUCCUCUCUGAACACCAUGGACGUACCCUCCCCUACCACCUCUCUCACCCCAACCACCUUCCGACCCCCCUCCUCUUCAAUGGCUCCACCACCUCCCUCACACCGCUCUCCGAGUCGACGCUCUUACUCGCCAGGCAAUCGCUCGUUUCCCCUUCAGACGACUUUUUGUUUACCUUGCCUACCGACGCCCCAUCAGAGGGUGAUGGUGACAAGAUUCCUCCUCCCUCUGAUCCUUUGCGCCGACUCACUUCCUGGUCUGCUGCCCAUCUCGCCGGCCGACUCGACAACUAUACUGGCGAAGAAUUCUGGUUCACCGGUGCCGAAGGCAAAGAUGUCAUGGGAUGGGCCAUCAAACCCCAUGGCUGGAAACCCGACCAGAAUACGUCUUACCCCCUAGCAUUCCUCAUCCACGGCGGCCCUCAAGGUGCCUGGGAGGACAGUUGGUCUACGAGAUGGAACCCCGCGAUCUUUGCAGCCCAAGGCUAUUUCGUGGUGACCAUCAACCCCACCGGUUCGACAGGGUAUGGACAAGAGUUUACCGAUGCUAUCCAAGGUGACUGGGGAGGCAAGCCCUUCAAAGACCUCUUAGCAGGUUACCAACACGCCCUUUCCAGGUAUCCCGAGAUUGACCCGGAACGCACAACCGCUCUCGGCGCAUCUUAUGGCGGCUACAUGAUCAACUGGAUCAACGGCCACAACGAUCACUUUGGGUUCAAGGCUCUCGUCUGCCAUGAUGGUGUGUUUGACACUGUCACCACGUAUUUCUCAACCGAAGAGAUUUAUUUCCCGACUCAGGACUUUGCUGGGACACCUUUCAACAAUAAGGCGGGGUACGAAAAGUGGAGCCCAGUCAAUCAUGUUAUCGAGUGGACUACGCCCGAGCUCGUCAUCCAAGGCGGCAAAGAUUACCGACUCGAAAACUCUCAAGGACUUGGAGCAUUCACCGCUCUCCAGGUACAAGGCGUCCCGAGCCGUUUCGUCUAUUUCCCUGAUGAGAAUCACUGGGUGCUCAAGCCACACAACUCUAUCAAGUGGCAUCAUGAGGUCUUGAGGUGGUUGCACGAGUGGGUUGGGCAAGCAAAUGACCAAGAGGAGAUUGAGCGAGCACAAGAAGCGACGCUUGUUCUUCAAGAAUAA